AUGGAGCAGGAGAAUCCCCAGCCGCCGCUCCCGCCCCUCAAAAACCCCAAGUACCGCCAUGUCUCGCGCUCGGCGGCAAAGCGCGAGUCGGUCCAGCUGCUGGGGUCCAUUCAAGACCUCCGUCUCCAAUUCUCCCAGGUCGGAGUAUCCCACAAGGCUGGAGCUGGCGCCGGCGUCAGAUCUCCCAGUGGCCUCGGAAGUCUCGGAGAGGAUGGAGAGGAAGAGGUUGGCCACCCAAAGCUGAGUGCGGAGAGAGGCAAGGAAAGAAAAGAGCGCAAGCCUUGGAAAGAGGUGGACUUGCCUCAAGUAGACCCCAAAGCCGCCCGGCAAGAAGCUCAGGAUAUCAUCAGGGCCAUACGAGAGAUCUGGGGCUUGUCGGCUCCUCUGUCACCUACAUCACCCAACCUUCAGACUCUGUCCACUUCAAAGUCCCUCUACUUUGACCUGAGCAUUGUUCAAGGCGAAGAACCGGCUCCACGGACGUCUGACGAUAUUCACUCAGCUCUUGUCACAACUGCGAGGUCUAUCCGCCGGAUUCGAUUCCUUGCGCUCUCAGUGUCGCACCACAACCAAGGCCAGCGCACGUUGACUCGUGGCUCUCUACUGCCAGUCCCCAGCAGCAAACUUCGGCCCCGCUUCUCCACACCCUCCCGGCCUUCUCUGCCUCUUCCGCGAGCUGUCUCAGGCCCUGUCGACCGGCGUUCGACUUCGAGUACGAGUCUUCCGGGGGAUGACCGUCUCGCCGAAUUGCGCAAAGCCGCGCUGGAGGUACUCAACACUCUUCGCGUACUUGAAGAAGGCCUUCGAGUGGGAGAGGCUGAACUUCAGGGCCCGUCUCUGGACCAGUCCAUCGUCUACUCUGAGCCAGACUUUCUUGACAGUGACUACGACUCGGACUCUCAUAACUUGAACGUACUCGCGCAAUCUCAAGAGAUGUCUCUCUCGUCGCAGCCUUGGGAGGAACGUAUUGCGUCCGAGGGCAGGGAGUACAGGGUACUGGAAGGAACAGAGUGGGAAAAGGUGGCGAGAGAUACUCGGGAGGGUGUCGGCAAGUGGGUGGGGGUAGUGGAAAAGCUCUUUAUUGUGGGAGGGAAGGGAGAAAAUGUUGGCCAGGAAGAAGGGUGGUCCAAGGAAGGCUGGGAUGGCAAGGUUCUAGAGCGACUGCAUGCGUUUCUACUUGCAAACCUCUCCCUAAAUCUGGCUCUCCGCCUCCCCCCUCCUCAAAGCUCGGAUUUUGCAACAAAUUUCCUCUCUGUCCUAUCUGAUGGCUACAUACUGAUAGAGGCUUACAAUACCUCUCUAAUAAAGUCCUCCAAGCCAUGGGGCUUUAUACCCGAGGAAGACGUACACGCUACGUUAAAUUCUGGCGGCUCGGACGAGAGUGGUACAGCAGCUCCCACCAAUGAAGACGUCAAAAGGGACAAGGAGUGGACAUUCAGAAGGGUAGGCAAUUUGACCUGCUUUGCUGCGGCUUUGAGACACCGCUUUCAACUUCCUAUCGUGAUGCCAUCGGCCAAUACAUCGACCUUUCUGCAGCCCAAAAGACCUAUGGCUCUUCCCCGUCCCGAGAAGGAGACUAAGGCUAUCCAGACGGAGCAGGAGCCGUCUCUUGUAGCUUGCGAGAGGGCUACCUCAGCUCACCGAGUAUCACUGCCUUCGGCACUGGCCGGGAAGGGAAAGGAUGUGCCUCGAAUCGAUUUUGACCCUAUGGUAAUCGCCAAAAAGCUCGAAGGGUGGGAGGGAAUGCUUGAAGGGGUUGCCGGCAAAUGGGUGGAAAGUGUAGCAAAGGAUGUGAGCGAUGUGAGAAGUGCGAUACAACUGCGGCAAGCAGCUGCAAUGCAAGAGAACAAGGGAGGAUCAAUUUGA